AUGGAGCAUUCUUACUAUGAUGUUUCAUCUGAAUCUUCGCAUAUCUUAGGAAUUCUUUAUAACUAUACCUCGCCUGACUUUCAAUAUAACGCUUAUAAUAUUCAACUAGAUAAUGUAGAUGCUAACAAUGAAUUAUUUGAGUAUUAUGACUUUCAAUAUAGUGCUUGUAACAAUAAUACAAUUAAUGAAACUCAAACAGAAAAGUAUGAUGAAACUCAACAAGAAAUUCAUAGUAACAAUGGUCAACAAGAAAUUCAUGGUAAUGAUGAUCAACAAGAAAUUCAUAAUGACGAUAGUCAACAAAGCAGUGAUGAAUCAGAUGAUAGUGAAUGUGAGAAGCAAAUAAAACCGUUAGUAUUAAAUGAAGAGUCAAACUUUGGAACAUGGAAAAUUGCUGAAAGUUACCUUGAUAAUUACGCUAAACAAGAAGGGUUCAGUUUGUGA